AUGCUUUUUAAUUUAUCUUAUACAAAUAUUCAAAUUAGAUAAACUUAAAACUAUACUUGUAUAUUGUAAAUUUACUUAAUUAAUUAUCAAUGUUAUAUUUUUUACUAUCUAGUAAAAUCUUUAAUUAAAUUAUGCUUAUUUUUAGGAACUCAAUUAUUUUAUUGUUAUUUUUUCCUUUAUGCCAAUUCAAAAAUUGACUUAGCAGAAAAUGUAAUUAACUAAGAAAUUAAGAAAUUAAUUGUUGUUAAAUAUAAUUUUAAUGAAAUUUUGAAAAUUACAUCCAAUUUAAAUAAUAAUCUAAUUGAAUAAAAAUCAAUCUAACGAUAAUUAGAAUUUUCAUAUAAAAGCACAUUAAGAUUAAGAAAUAGCCAAUAAAUACCUUAAUUAUUGUAGUUUCAAACCCAACUUAAAAUUUAAUUGUUAUUUGACAUUUAUAAAACAUAUAUACAAUUUAGAUAAUUUAGAUUCUUAAAUUUGUUUAUAAUUAUUUUGAAAUAAUAUUCUAGAUCUGAUAUUGUUAUUUAGACUGAUUAAAAUAAGAAAACCAAAUAAAAUAAAUAGAUUUAUACAAAGAAUUACGAAAAUAAGAUUUAAUAAUAAUUGCAUUAAUUAAAAUAGAUAAUUUUGUUGAAAAUAAAUGAUAUAAAAAUUCUAAAAUUUUAAGAAAUAUUUUUAUGA